AUGCAGCAGACGCAGCAGAGAGCGAGUGCAGGCGAUGCGUUGAUCCUGUGGUCAGAGGCUACUAUAAUUCUGCUGUACGACCAUGAGGAGGACAAGCUCCUGGCUGACCUCUCUGCCAUCGCCACCACUGCCAGGGCCAACCGCACUGCCGCUGCUGCUAGGGACGCUGCAGCUCCACCAAUUCUUGGGCCAUACCUGGGUGUUUCAUACGUAAAGCUCAUCACCUUCGUCCCUGAGAUCUUCAUCAACACGUUCGUCCUCAUCGACCCCAGCGGCGCCCCCAUCCUGCGCUACAACAAGUCGCACCUCUUUCCCUCUGUGGAGGCGGACGUCCUGCCAGGCUCCGGUUACCUGCCCGUGGUGGACACAGAACUAGGGAGAAUGUCCGUGGCUGUCUGCCUUGACAUGCAGUUCCCUGCGCUCAUCCGCCAGGCCGGCAGACAGGGAGUGGACAUUCUGCUGGAACCCAGCUGGUCAUGGGGCGCCACAGGCCACUUGCUUUCUGAUGGAGACACAGUGAGGGCGGCAGAGAAUGGGCUCACUCUUCUGCGCUGUUGCUCCGUUGGGGUGUCAGGGAUUGUCUCUCCUCACUAUCGCACCCUUGCAGCACGGUGCGUGAUCCUCCUGCAAUGA